UUUUGAAAUAUGAGAUAAGUAUGAUAGAAAAUAAAAAAGGCUAAUCCACUGACUAUAAAUACCACACCGCUAUGGGUAUGUUUAGCAUCCUCAGAAGUUGUCAUAAACAUUAAUAUAGUGAAAUAAAGUUGCAAAGAUGUUUUCAGGGGUAACAGGGUUGUUAAAUAGAGGGCAUAAGAUAAAAGGGACGGUGGUGUUGAUGAGAAAGAAUGUGUUAGAUAUUAAUAGCUUAACAAGUGUUGGUGGAGUUAUCGGUCAAGGUUUUGAUAUUCUUGGUUCAACACUUGAUAAUCUUACUGCUUUCUUGGGUCGUUCUGUUUCUCUUCAGUUGAUUAGUGCAACUAAAUCUGAUGCAAAUGGGAAAGGGAAGCUUGGAAAAGCUACUUUUUUGGAAGGUAUUAUUUCUUCAUUACCAACUUUGGGAGCAGGACAAUCUGCAUUUAGAAUUCAUUUUGAAUGGGAUGAUGACAUGGGACUUCCUGGAGCAUUUUAUAUCAAGAACUUUAUGCAAACUGAGUUUUUCCUUGUGAGCUUAACUCUUGAAGACAUUCCAAAUCAUGGAAGCAUCUACUUUGUAUGCAACUCUUGGAUAUAUAAUGCCAAACACUACAAAAUUGAUCGCAUUUUCUUUGCCAAUCAGACAUAUCUUCCUAGUGAAACACCAUCUCCGUUAGCACAUUAUAGAGAAGAAGAAUUGCAUAAUUUAAGAGGAGAUGGAACGGGAGAAAGAAAAGAAUGGGAAAGAAUAUAUGAUUAUGAUGUCUACAAUGAUUUAGGAAAUCCAGAUAGCGGUGAUAACCAUGCUCGUCCUGUUCUUGGAGGGUCUGACACAUAUCCUUAUCCUAGAAGGGGAAGAACUGGCAGAAAACCAACAAAGAAAGAUCCUAAUAGUGAGAGUAGGAGUGAUUUUGUGUAUCUUCCAAGAGAUGAAGCUUUUGGUCACUUAAAAUCAUCAGACUUUCUUACUUAUGCAUUGAAAGCUGUAUCUCAAAAUGUGGUUCCAGCGUUAGAAUCAGUAUUCUUUGAUUUGAAUUUCACACCAAAUGAGUUUGAUAGCUUUGAAGAAGUUCAUGGAUUGUAUGAGGGUGGAAUUAAGCUGCCGACAGACAUAAUUAGCAAGAUUAGUCCAUUACCUGUGCUCAAAGAAAUCUUUCGAACUGAUGGUGAACAGGUCCUCAAGUAUCCACCACCUAAAGUAAUUCAAGUGAAUAAGUCUGCAUGGAUGACUGAUGAAGAAUUUGUAAGAGAAAUGCUUGCUGGAGUAAAUCCAAAUGUGAUUUGUUGUCUUAAGGAGUUCCCUCCGCAAAGCAAGCUAGAUAGUCAAGUCUACGGUGAUCACACGAGUAAGAUAACCAAAGAACAUCUAGAGCCAAAUUUAGAAGGGCUCACAGUAGAAGAGGCAAUUCAAAACAAGAAAUUGUUCCUGCUAGAUCAUCAUGAUUCAAUUAUGCCAUAUUUAAGGCGAAUAAACUCAACUUCCACAAAGGCUUAUGCUUCCAGGACCAUCCUUUUCUUUAGCGAUGACAAAACUUUAAAGCCAUUGGCUAUAGAGUUAAGUUUACCACACCCUGAAGGAGAUCAACAUGGUUUUGUUGGUCAAGUUUAUGAGCCCGCACUAGAAGGUGUUGAAAGUACUAUUUGGUUACUGGCUAAGGCUUAUGUAGUUGUGAAUGACUCCUGUUAUCAUCAACUUGUCAGCCAUUGGUUGAACACUCAUGCAGUUGUUGAACCCUUUGUUAUAGCAACUAACAGGCAUUUGAGUGUUGUUCACCCCAUCCACAAACUUUUGUAUCCUCACUAUCGUGACACUAUGAAUAUAAAUGCUCUUGCUCGACAAUCUUUGGUCAACGAUGGAGGUAUCAUUGAAAAAACAUUUUUAUGGGGAAGAUAUUCUAUGGAAAUGUCUUCAGUCAUUUACAAGGAUUGGGUUUUUACAGAGCAAGCAUUGCCUAAUGAUCUUGUAAAAAGAGGAAUGGCAAGUUGGGAUUCAGCUUCUCCACAUGGUGUUAAACUUGUGGUAGAUGACUACCCUUAUGCUGUUGAUGGAUUAGAGAUAUGGACUACAAUAAAAACAUGGGUCCAAGACUAUGUCAACUUGUACUACACCACAGAUGACACCCUCACACAAGAUUCUGAACUUCAAGCUUGGUGGAAAGAACUUGUAGAGGUUGGUCAUGGUGAUAAAAAAAAUGAGUCAUGGUGGCCUAAGAUGCAAGCUCGUGAUGAUCUCAUUGAAGUUUGCACUAUCCUCAUAUGGAUUGCUUCAGCUCUUCAUGCUGCUGUUAACUUUGGUCAGUAUCCUUAUGGAGGUUUAAUAUUAAACCGUCCUACUCUUAGUAGGAGAUUGAUGCCAGAGAAAGGUUCCUCUGAGUAUGAUGAGCUAGUCAAAAGUCCACAAAAGGCUUACUUGAAGACAAUUACACCAAAAUUGCAAACACUUAUUGAUCUUUCUGUUAUAGAAAUAUUGUCAAGACAUGCUUCUGAUGAAUUGUACCUUGGGGAGAGAGACAAUCCAAAUUGGACAUCAGAUGUGAAGGCAUUAGAGGCCUUUAAGAAAUUUGGAAACAAAUUGGCAGAAAUUGAGCAAAAACUCUCUCAGAGAAACAAUGAUGAGAAGCUAAGAAACCGUCAUGGGCCAGUUCAGAUGCCUUAUACCUUGCUUCAUCCUUCUAGUAAGGAAGGACUAACUUUUAGAGGAAUUCCUAAUAGUAUCUCUAUCUAAGAGAUAUAUAUAUGGUUCCUUAAUUAUAGUGUAUAUUGUACCUCUAAAUAAAAGAUGUAGAAGAAGGGACCCAUGUUCCUUCACCUACCUGCCUCAGUUAGCUUUUGUAUUAGACUGCUUUCAUGUUAUCAUUAAUAAAAAUGUAAUUUUGCUUGUAAUAAAUCGUUUUUAAAUAAUAAAAACAAUUAUCUUUGUUUGUUGUUUUCUA